AAAAAUAAUAAAAGCCUCUGGUCUUUGCGGCUCAAGAUACAGGUUGCACUACAAUUUGUGAUUCACAUUCAUUCUCAACAUCUCACCAUCUUCAUCAUAUAAUAUUUACUCAUUUUUCCCUUUCAUCUAGAUUUGCAGAACAUUUUCAUGUACUCUCUCUGCUAAUUGCUGGGGUCAGAAGUUCAGGAAAAACCAAUCCGCCCAUGGGGAAGUGGUGAGAAAUGUGACAGGAGCUAUUUAAAGACUUCUUGAUAAUGAGGAGGCAUGGGUGGAAUCUUGGAGCCAUUUCAUUAUAAACACAUAGUGUCUGCAAUACAACCCCCAACCCCCAUCUAUCUCUCAACAGCCAUAAUAAAUGUUACCAGCUGUAUUUUCUCCAGCCCCUCUGGCAAAACAGAGGUAGAAACUAAGAGUUGUUUGUGUGCUACAGGUUCUACUGAUGCAUGAAGUAAUGAUCUUUCCUAGUUCUUCUUUAAACCAGCAAGACUUCCAGACAGUGAAUGAUUUACUGUGAUAUCGUGAAGUAAGGCGGAUUAAGACUGUCAUUUGAUUUAGCAAAAUGCAAGUUUUCUAACACUACAAAUUAGUUCUGCUCUCUAAAGAGAAGUAGUUGUUACUGUUUUAUAUCUUACAACAAAUUUAAAAUUAAACAAUUUAUAAACUGUAUACUGUAUGGAUUCCAAGUGUUCAGUCUAAUUCUUACAAGUCCAUAUGGGCAAAUGGUUUCUCUCUCCCAGGCUGAAAAGGCCUGCUGUUGCUCCCUUUUCUCCCUGCCCAGUGUUUAUUAAUAAACCUAAACAAAUGUGACACGCAGCAGCACAGGGACAGAGUGAGUGGAGGCUGGGUCAACUCUCUUUACACCCCUUCAUCUCUUAGUUCAUCUGCACACACUGCUUGCACUCAUUCUUUGCUUUCUCACUUUGCUGUGUCGUUUUAACUCACAAUAGAAACGUUCGCUCCUGGCAGAGGAAACAGGAAUUUAAGUUAAGAGGGAUGAGAGUGCUCUAAAAGGGACUUCUACAUCAAGAGAAGUGGCAAGAUUUAGGCUAAACCGAUGGAGGACAACAUUUCAUUUACUGGGUUGGAGCCUCUCUUUAUCAAAGAAGAGGAUGCGGAGACAGACAGAACUCACAUGGAACCAAGAGCAUGCAAUACAGCACAAUCUGGACUUGCCUUCACUGGAACACAGUUGAAUCCAUCAUCUUUAAUUAAGCCAUACUUACAGGAGAUGGAUGAUUUACUGAAGAGCUGUGAGGAGCUUACUGGUAUUCCCUUUGGAUCUCGUUACUUAGAAAGUUACACAGAAAAAAGCAUGAGUGAAUCAAGUCAUGAUCCGAGCAAAGAGAAAGUCACAACAGAGAGCUAUAGAGAAACAAGUUAUCUUUCCACAAGCUAUAUUGACAUUCACAUAGAUGCAGCAGAUGCAGAAGACCACCCCGCACAAAGCCAGGCACAAGGCACAGGCACAAUUAUCAACAGGUGUGAAAUGGCCACAGAAGAGUCUCACCUGACAAAAAUGCCUCUAACUUCAGCAGAAAACAAACUGAGUGAAACUAUGCUGGAGUAUGAGGGCCAGCUGUUGGGGAUGUUAGCCAUGCUGGAGAACUGCACGGAAGACGCUGGGGUGGACUUUGAGCCACAAAACCAGGCUACUGAUAUAAGCCAAGAAUAUGUAAACAUAACAAAGAAUCCUCAUCGGUGUAGGGGUACCACACUAGUGCCUGUUCAGCAAGAGAAGCCAGUGAAGUUGGAGACCCAGCCAAUGCAAUUAGAAACCUGCAUUGCUCAACAUGCAGAGGGAGAUGAAGCUUCCAAUAACAGCAGAGAUGUUGUGACAGUAGAUUCAGUACCAAAAGGAAGCCAGCAGAACCCUUUGCUUGGAUGUGAUAACAUGGGUGGCUUCUCAGUGGAAAUGUCAGGGAAUUUCAAUGCAGACCAGAGGGUUUUUGAUCAGCAGUUCUUGUUUUCAAGGCCAUCAAAGCCAUUUGAUAGUAAAAAAAAUGACCCAAAAGACAUAACUGGGGCUGAAGUAGAUGACACUGAAAUGACAGCUGAAGAGAGACAUGAGCUCAGACUAGACACCAUUUAUCUGAGAUCUGGCAUGAAUGAACUAGGACAGUUGGGGUCUCAGAUGGAGGACUGCAUACAGGAGGUACAGCAGUUAGAGAAGAGAAGAAAGGAGCUGCUGUUGGAGGUGCUGGAGUUACGAGGGAAUAAAGACAGAGAGAAGGCAGAGGGGAGCAAAGAGGAAGAAGAGGAGACAGCAGAACAGAUGGACAGCAAAGUGGCAGAGCUGAUAAAUAUGCUGAAGAAAGAGGAGGAAGGGAGGAGGGAGGAGAGGAAAAGGGAGAUACAGAGCCUCAGGGAGGCAAGAGCAGAGGAGGAGAGAAGGAUAUGGAAGAUCAACCUGGAGAGACAGUGGCUACAAGAGCAGCUCAGACAGCUGAAGAAGAGGCUCUUCACCAUGGCUAGGGACUGUGCUCACAGUCAGGCCGCUUUCAAUGCCCAGCAUUGUGCAGUGGAGCUACUAAAGAGAGAAGAGGAGAAGCUGCAGUCCCUGGUGCUGCAGCUGACCACAGAGGGCUGCCAGCUCAGGUUAGCCCAGCAACAACGGCUCUCGGGACUAGAAGCAGAUCUUCAUGCAAAGUGCUCCAGUCAGGCCUCCAGCACACAGGAGGAGCUGACGGACUGCAGGAGGCACUCCUGUGGGGACAUCCAGCAAUAUGUGUACGGUGGGCUGAGAGCCCUGGAGGACAGGUAUGAACCCAUUUUGCUGGCACUGCUGAAGAGGAGAGAAGCAACUGCUGGAGCAUUAGUGAAAGCCAAGGAGCAGGCCCAGGAGCUGAAGGCCCAGCUGAAACCCAUAAAAGAGGAGAUCCAAAAGCUUAAGCUCCAGAGAGCUUGUUCGGAGGAAAAAAUCAAACUGAUACACAUACAUCGGAGAGAGGAUGCGGGCCAGUACAAGGAGACAGUGUACUGUCUGGAGGAGAGAAGCAGAGAGCUGAAGACUGAGUUGAAGAUUCAGAAGAAAAAAAACAAAGAAAUAGAGGAGCUGAAAGACAGUCUUACCAAACAGCUCCUCCUUUACAGGGCUGCAGUUGAGGACUAUAACAAGUGUGACCAUGUGAAGAAAACUUGACCUGCUAUUCACAAAACUGAGUUCUAUGAUUUAAUAGCAAACUGUUUUAUUUUUUUUCUGCAACAGUGAACACCAAGGCUCAAGUAAUGCACUUUAGACAUAUUUUGAAGCAUGCCAUUGUUCAAAAACAUACAUUUUUAGAACAGCCUGUAAAGAUCGACUAGACCGCUGCUCGUAGAAGGGUUUUGUUGUGCUUCUUGUAAUCUAGGACGUCCGAUGACUUAAUGUCUGUUUCUAGAGCAGAGAGGGGUUCAUGUACUUAUAAGGGGAAACAUGGCUGAAGAACUAAGCACUGGGGCACAGAGUAAUAAAGUGA